AUGGUAUCUAUGUAUUCAUUCACUGCCCUUUCAUGCCUCGCUGUCGUAGGCAGGGUCUUUUCGAGAUAUAAAAAGCUCGGUCGCUUAGCUAUCGAUGAUUACGUUAUAAUCCUGUCUCUUGGCUCCGUAUUCGCCUACGUAGCGUGCUGGACGGCCGCCAUAUUAGCCGGUAGUGGCCGCCACCAGGCGACUCUGACCGUCGACGAAUUCCAUCGUUCUGUAUUCUACCUAAUGAUCGGCUUGAUCCCAGGAGUCCUGUCGCUCGCGCUACCCAAAUUCGCUGUCGUCAAUCUGCUCGUCAAGAUCCUCUUCCCAUCAACCCGGCACGUCCGGUUGCUUUGGGGCCUCGCGAUCGCAAACCUUGUCCUUAUGCUCGGUGCAUUCGGGGUCCGUUUCUCGGAGUGCGACCCGCCAGAAGCUCAAUUCACUCUAUAUGCCCCUGCCAAGUGUCGAAGCUCGACUGCCGUAAUAGUCUAUUCAGUUAUUGUGGGAUCAUUUUCCGCCGUGGUGGACUUCUACCUUGCUCUAUACCCAGCUGUAGUACUAUGGUCACUAAAAUUACAUCUGAAAAAGAAAUUGGCCCUUAGCGUGGCCCUUGGCUUUGGUGUUUGUGCUGGCUGUGCUGCUAUACGCAAAGUCAUGAUGGUGCCAGGUAUGGGAGACGGCAAAGACUAUACCUGUGAGCUCGCACAAUCCGCACGACUGUACAACACAGGCAACCUUACUGACAAAGUCUCGCAUGGCAAGAUGCUUCAGGGAGUCUCGUGA